GUGGUUCUCUGGUCUUCAUUCCAAAUGGUGGUGAUAAUGUUCAUCGAUAUUUUUUAGCCACUGGGCUGCAUUUAAGAUUUUAAUGCCGAAUAAACUACUUAGAGGAUGAGGAAGUCUCUGAAAUAUUUCCCUUUUAAACUUUCUCUUUCAGAUACAGCCUACGCACGUAAGUGAUUAGGAGGAAGGAUACUAUAAAGGGACAUAGAAAUUCCACCAGCCUCCAGAUAUCACUAGGUUGUAACGCUGCCAAGGUGUGUGAGCUUUUGCUUCAAAUUGCCUCAACAGCUUCCAGGUGAACCAGCUCAAGACUUUGCAUCAGGCUGAAGAUGACUGACUGUGAGUUUGGAUACAUUUACAAGCUGGUCCAGGACUAUCUGAAGUACGUCCUGCAGAUACCACAACCUGGAGCUGGUUCAAGCAAAACGUCCAGAGUGUUACAAAAUGUUGCUUUCUCAGUUCAAAAAGAAGUUGAAGAGAAUUUGAAAACAUGCUUGGACAAUUUUAAUGUCGUCUCCACUGAUAUUGCCAAAACAAUAUUCAAUCAAGUGAUGGAAAAGGAAUUUGAAGAUGGCAUCAUUAACUGGGGAAGGAUUGUGACCAUAUUUGCGUUUGGAGGUAUUCUCAUCAAGAAACUUCUAAGAGAGCAAAUUGUUGCAGAUAUGUAUACUUACAAGGAGAUUUCUUUUUUUGUUGCUGAGUUCAUAGUGAAAAACACAGCAGAAUGGAUAAGGCAAAACGGAGGCUGGGUACGUGCUAUGCAAGUAUUUGUCAUUGUUCUUUACUGUGCAAUAGGAACUGACAGUUUCCUCACUAACUAAAAAAAAAAAAAACUACCUAAGGAUUCUGUUUUCCUUGGGUGGUUUAUUUUAAUUUCUUUUUAAUUUUUAAAAUACAAAUUACUUUCUGGUUCAUUUUCAUUUCAAUGAAUCCUAGAACUUUCUAGUUGAAAAACACUUGUGUUUCAGUUUUCAUUCCUAACAGUCACAGUACAGUAUAGUCCAGUGCAGUCCCAG